AUUCGCGCGCUGUCCGUCUCUCCUGGUCCCGCCCGGAUCGCCGCCCCCGCCGCCCCCGCCGCCGUCCCCUGCGCCUCCGCUCCGGUCCGUGGUGCCGCCGGACCAGCACCAUGUCGCUGUCGCGCUCGGAGGAGAUGCACCGGCUGACGGAAAACGUCUACAAGACCAUCAUGGAGCAGUUCAACCCCAGCCUGCGCAACUUCAUCGCCAUGGGCAAGAACUACGAGAAGGCGCUGGCAGGUGUGACCUACGCCGCCAAGGGCUAUUUCGACGCCCUCGUGAAGAUGGGCGAGCUCGCCAGCGAGAGCCAGGGCUCCAAGGAACUCGGCGACGUCCUCUUCCAGAUGGCGGAGGUCCACCGGCAGAUCCAGAACCAGCUGGAAGAGACGCUGAAGUCCUUUCACAACGAGCUGCUCACGCAGCUGGAGCAGAAGGUGGAGCUGGACUCCCGGUACCUGAGUGCCGCGCUGAAGAAGUACCAGACGGAGCAGCGGAGCCGUGGCGACGCGCUGGACAAGUGCCAGGCCGAGCUGAAGAAGCUGCGCAAGAAGAGCCAGGGCAGCAAGAACCCCCAGAAGUACUCGGACAAGGAGCUGCAGUACAUCGACGCCAUCAGCAGCAAGCAGGGCGACCUGGAGAACUACGUGUCCGACGGCUACAAGACGGCGCUGACGGAGGAGAGGCGCCGGUUCUGCUUCCUGGUGGAGAAGCAGUGCGCCGUGGCCAAGAACUCCGCCGCCUACCACUCCAAGGGCAAAGAGCUGCUGGCGCAGAAGCUGCCGCUGUGGCAACAGGCCUGCGCCGACCCCAACAAGAUCCCGGACCGCGCGGUGCAGCUGCUGCAGCAGCUGGCCAGCAGCAACGGCGCCAUCCUGCCGGGCGCCCUGUCGGCCUCCAAGUCCAGCCUGGUCAUCUCGGACCCCAUCCCGGGGGCCAAGCCCCUGCCGGUGCCCCCCGAGCUGGCCCCGUUUGUGGGGCGGCUGUCCGCCCAGGAGAACGCACCCAUCAUGAACGGCGUCUCGGGCCCCGACAGCGAGGACUACAGCCCCUGGGCUGACCGCAAGGGGGCCCAGGCCAAGUCCUCGUCUCCUCAGCAGCCUCAGACCAAGAUGAGCGACUCCUACUCCAACACCCUGCCCGUGCGCAAGAGCGUGGCCCCCAAGAACAGCUACGCCGCCACUGAGAACAAGACGCUGCCCCGCUCCAGCUCCAUGGCAGCCGGCCUGGAGCGCAACGGCCGCAUGCGGGUGAAGGCCAUUUUCUCACACGCGGCGGGCGACAACAGCACCCUGCUGAGCUUCAAGGAGGGCGACCUCAUCACCCUGCUGGUGCCCGAGGCCCGGGACGGCUGGCACUACGGCGAGAGCGAGAAGACCAAGAUGCGGGGCUGGUUUCCCUUCUCCUACACGCGGGUGCUGGACAGCGACGGGGGCGACAGGCUGCACAUGAGCCUGCAGCCGGGCAAGAGCAGCAGCACCGGCAACCUCCUGGACAAGGAGGACCUGGCCCUCCCGCCGCCCGACUACGGCCCCUCCUCCCGUGGCUUCCCCACCCAGACGGCCAGCACCUUCAAGCAGAGGCCCUACAGCAUGGCCGUGCCCGCCUUCUCUCAGGGUCUGGACGACUACGGGGCGCGGGCCGUAAGCAGCGGCAGCGGCACGCUGGUGUCCACAGUGUGAGGACCUGACCACGGGCACUGCUGCUCGGAGGACCCCCGCCCCCUCUGUCUGGUCUCCAUCGUUUCCUCUCAGCUCUCGUCGGUUUGUUUUUGGGUCGUUUUUCUUCCCCACCUGCCCCUCUUGCCUUUUUGGUUGGUGACCCCAGACUCUGAGAUCCCCAAAGUCCAUGGUGCUGCCCCACCUCUGCUCCCCGUGGACACGCCCAUGCGUGGCCCGCCCGCUGGCAGCGUGAGCGUGUCCUGGCCGCUGCCUCAUCUGCCGAGGUCACAACUCACUGCUCUUUCAAAGGCUCGCUGUGAGCCAGCUCUGACGUUUGAAGAAAAAGAAAAACCUUUUAAAAAAAAAAGCAAAAAAAAAAAAAAAAAAAAAAGCCCAACAGAAAACAGGAAAAGGACUUUUUUCCCUUGAAAACAAAAACAGAAAAACAGAUAUGCAUGGACUCCGGUGUACGUACUGUUACUUCUGCAUCUGACCCCGCGCACGGGGCACCUGUCAGGACAGGGAAGGGGCGGGUUCCCGCGGCUCCGGCCCCUGGGCACCGUCCCGGGCCGCCCGCGGAGGGCCACCCGGCCUCCGGACGCCGGCGCCUGUGAGGGAGGCCGAGCCGCUCAGGCCGGGCUCCUGAGGGCUCCCUUCUUGUGGACUCUGUUGGACGGUGUGCUGAACCCAGAGCGCGGGCGUCGCUCUCAGGCGUGGCGCCCUCACCCAGCGCCCUGGCGGGAGGGGGUCGGGGGCAGGCGCCGCCUGGCCGCGCACGGACAUUCCAAAGACCUCCAGGGACCACCCCACCCCCGUCCCGGAGACCGGUUCUCGGACCGCCCGGCGAGGGCGUCUGGCCACCCGGCCGCGCAGGGCAGAGGCACCUGAGGGCGCUCGCCCGCCCCCCCCCAGGGAAGCAGGCGCCCGCGCCCCGUCCUCCCUAAACGCUCUCAUCUUUUUGUGUGUCUUGCUGGCUUCAGAAAGAGACACGCUGGACUCGGUGGCUACUGGUAUUGCCUCCUCACACGCUGAAGCCGGGAGCACGCGAGGGGCGGCCCCGGCCCUUCCCCCCGCGGAGCCCGGGAGCCGCGGGCGCUCCCUGACGGCGUCUUGGCAAGAGCCUCCGCGGACUAGGACGCGGCCGUGGCGUUGGCGACAGAAGCCGCCCAAGGCACAGACCGUUUUAUUUUUAAGGAAAAUGCAAAAAAGCCAGGACGGGGCCUGUAGAGGAGCCUCCGCCGGCCGCCGCUAACGGCUCUCAGACCCAGGGCUCACGCCUGGAUGAAUGUAGACACAAAACCGCCAACUUGUAUGAAGAUGUAAAGUGCUGAAGAUAUUUUCCCCGUCUUUUUUUUAAAAUCUGAAUUGUGCCCUGUACUGCAGUGGUUUGAAUAAAAGUUUUAUUUAUUGCA